GGCGGUCGCGGACACGCCCUCUGUCUGAAUGGAGCGCGCUGUGCGUAAAGUCCGAUCUGCGGCCGAGUGCAACUUUAAUUGGCUUCUCUUUCACACAUUUCAGCAUUUGUAAUCGCGCACGUUGAUUUCGAUACAGCCAUGACGCGGGAGGAAGACUUAACCCGGAUUGCCAAGAAGUUGGAAAAGAUGGUGUCUCGAAAUAACACGGAAGGUGCCAUGGACCUGCUGAAAGAGCUCAAAAGUUUCAAUAUGACACUUAAACUCCUUCAGGAGACGAGGAUCGGCAUGUCUGUGAAUAGCAUCAGGAAACACUGCCCAGACGAAGAGGUCGUCGCUUUGGCAAAAAUCCUCAUUAAGGAAUGGAAAAGACUUUUGGACUUCAGCCGUCCUCAAACGGAGAAAGCGGCACAAGAGAAGAAUGAUUUGGACUCCUGCAAAGCAGCAAUGUCUCCAAAGAGCUCACCCAGGAGAUUGGACAUCAAACAGAGACAAGAUUCAGUACCGGAUGCAAAUCAAUCCAUUACAGACAUGCAAGGAAAACAUACUGAUGAGCCCAAGAAUAAAAAGGGCCACCGAGACGCGAACGGGGUUGAAAAGCAUCUGUAUGAGAAACGACUAAAAGAAAUUGUUACAGAAGAAAGUAAAAAGCCAAGAGAAGCAGAAAACAACCAGCUUGAGAAGAAACAGAAGCAUGAACCGGACCACCUAAAAGAGAUCAGAGAGCGUGAGGAGUCCAAAAAAGUCAACGGCUGGAAACCCAAAGAGGAGAACAGACCUGAGAGGCUGAUGAACAAAUUUCCAGACCAACCUGUCGGCAAUGCCUACAAGGAGAAGUCUGCAGGUGUCCAAAAGCCAAUCUUUGAAAGGAGAGGAGUAUUGGACAGCAGCAUUCUCUAUCCCUCCCGCUUCCCCUCACCUCCACGCCCCGCUCGGCCUCCUCUCCCGAUCAAGCGCCCCUCUGUGGAUGGGAAGAGAGAGAGGAAGGAUGGUAAAGACUCCUCGCUUGGGCGCUCUCAUGCUUCAGGGCUCACCUCCCCCACGGCUAAGCGCCCUUCAUUGGAAGCUAAGGAGAGGAAAGUUCCAAAAGACCCAAACGCUGCGCGGGCUCCGCUUUCUUUUAAUCUCCAGCCCCCACCGCCAAGAAAAGAGCCCCCAGAUCCAAAUGCUCCCCUGCCUCCACUGCCUCUUCAUCUUCACCCUCCACCCGCGCCAAAGCGCCCCUCGCUGGAUGGGACAAAGGAGAGGAAGGACUCCUCACACUCUAAAAUUGCCUCCCAGAAGACGUCAGACUGUGUGAAGAGAGACAGGAAAGACAGUUUGGAUAGCAAAGUGGCUAAAAAACCAUCAAUGGAUGCUAGAAAAGAAAGGAAGAACUCCCUUGACUCUAAAUUAAGCCAGCCAGUGAAACACCAUAAAACUACUACCAACCCUGACAGGCGGGAGUCUGAGUCAAAGCCAAACAGCCUUUCACCUCCUACAAAGAAGCUGACGUCUGAAAGGCGAGAGUCUCAAGGCUCAAAAGCCUCUCAGCCUGGACCUCAACAAAGGAAGCAAUCCACUGACCACAAUGAAAGAAAGGGCAAAACCGAAACGCCUAAAACUCCAACAACGCCCACCAGCCCCAUGUCACCUGGCUUGGCCUCCGGUGGGGGUCCAUUAUCACCUCACCUGACUACUGGAGACUCUGUCCGCGACAAGUGCAUCGAGAUGCUGGCUGCUGCCUUGCGCACCGACAAUGACUACAAAGACUUUGGAACUAACUGUGACAGCAUGGCAGCAGAGAUUGAAGAUCAUAUCCACCAGGAGAUUAAGGCCACCGACAUGAAAUAUAAGAACAGAGUGAGAAGCCGCAUCAGUAACCUAAAGGACCCAAAGAACCCUGGUCUGCGCAGGAACGUUCUCGUAGGAAGCAUUGAUUUGAAACGCAUUGCCAUCAUGAGCGCUGAGGAAAUGGCAAGCGACGAGCUUAAACAACUGAGGAACGUCCUCACCCAGGAGGCCAUCAGGGAGCACCAAAUGGCCAAAACCGGGGGAACCACCACCGACCUGCUGCAGUGCGGCAAGUGCAAAAAGAAGAACUGCACAUACAAUCAAGUGCAGACACGCAGCGCUGACGAGCCCAUGACCACAUUUGUCCUAUGCAACGAGUGUGGGAACCGCUGGAAGUUCUGCUGAUGCCUUCUUGGUGAAAUAAACUUUUUUUCUGG